GAUUCUAAAUAAAUAAAUGAAUAAAGAUGUGCGUUUUUAUCUACAUUACGAAAUAUGUUUAGUUAACGACGUUAUUAUGCUAAUGGAUUCGUUCAAAACAAGUUGAAAUAAAGGCAGAAAAUAGAACUGUUGUUUCACAUUCAAUUUGAGUGUGGUUAUGUGCGCAAAAUGUUUGCUGCAAAAAUUUCUAAAUCAUUAAAUUUUGCAAAUCGGCAUAUAGGAUUUAGAAUUACUAGUAGCGAACUAGUUGGUUUUCAUAUACAAAAUGCAUAUAAUGGCUCUUCACAAAAUUUCUCAACCAAGUCCUCAACGCGUAGUAAAAAAGUUCGCAGUGACUUUCAAGAAGCCAUCAGGGAUAUUCAAAAUGGAUCAAAAUUGUUGGUAGGAGGGUUUGGACUGUGCGGCAUACCCGAAAAUCUUAUUGCCGCCUUGUUGAAACACGAGGCAAAGGAUUUAACAGUGGUAUCCAAUAAUGCCGGUGUUGACAAAUUCGGUUUAGGAUUGCUCUUAAAACAGAAAAAAAUCAAGAGGAUGAUAUCUUCCUAUGUGGGAGAAAAUGCCGAGUUUGAAAGACAAUUUUUGUCUGGAGAAUUGGAAGUGGAACUAACUCCACAAGGUACACUGGCUGAAAGAAUCAGAGCUGGCGGCUCGGGAAUACCGGCGUUUUACACUCCCACGGCGUACGGGACGUUGAUACAUGAAGGAGGGGCUCCUAUAAAAUAUGACGCCAAUGGAAAAGUAGAAUUAUCGAGUAAGCAGAGGGAGGGGCAAUUGUUUAACGGAAAGCCUUAUAUUAUGGAGGAAGCAAUCACGGGCGACUUCGCUCUCAUCAAAGCAUGGAAAGCCGAUCCCUUGGGCAAUUUAAUUUUCAACAAAUCCGCGAGGAAUUUUAAUCCGACAAUGGCCAAGGCCGCAAAAAUUACGAUCGUGGAAGUGGAAGAGAUUGUCGAGCUUGGUGCGAUACGUCCCGACGAAGUGCAUUUGCCUGGCAUCUACGUCGACAGAAUCGUUAAAGGCGAGAAGUACGAGAAAAGAAUCGAGAGGUUAACCGUGCAAAAGUUAUCAGACAGCAAAGACUCGGUAGUGAAAAAAAAUCCCGCUGCUGAGAAGAGGGAGAGAAUCAUAAGGCGGGCUGCUUUGGAGUUUAAAGAUGGCAUGUAUGCGAAUUUGGGUAUCGGAAUGCCGAUGCUUGCGUCCAACUACAUCCCCGACGAUAUGGAGGUGUAUUUGCAGUCCGAGAAUGGCAUUCUGGGUCUGGGACCGUUUCCGCACCCGGACCACGUCGAUCCGGAUUUAAUAAACGCGGGAAAAGAGACGGUGACGAUCGUACCGGGGGCUUCCUUCUUCAGCAGUGAUGACAGCUUCGCUAUGAUCCGAGGCGGUCAUAUUGAUUUAACAAUUUUGGGUGCAAUGGAGGUGUCCCAGUAUGGCGACUUGGCGAAUUGGAUGAUACCUGGCAAACUGGUAAAAGGUAUGGGCGGAGCUAUGGACUUGGUGGCGGCUCCGGGUACUAAAGUGGUCGUGUGUAUGGAGCACACGGCCAAAGAUGGGGGGCACAAAAUUCUAGAAAACUGCAGUUUGCCGCUAACUGGCAAGCAGUGCGUUGACAUGAUCAUCACAGAAAAGGGAGUGUUUGACAUUGACCAUGAGAAUGGUUUGACUUUAGUAGAAUUGGCGGAAGGUGUGGCGAUCGAGGACGUUUUAAUGUCGACCGGUUGUAAUUUUCGAGUGGCUGAAGACUUGAAACCCAUGAGCCAAAUUGACGUGGACUGAAAUU